AUGGAUGAUAGGGGGGAUUUCAAUAUGAUAACAUCAGAAGAAGAAAAAUAUGGAGGCUUACCAGGCAGUAUACAGGAAACUCAGGAUUUCAAAUGUUUGGGGAACCUUUUGAUACAGAAUGUAUAUCCAAACAUUGAAAUUGAGCACUUGAUUAGAACUAGUUCUGAUCAUGCCCCAAUGCUAAUUUCUUAUUCUGGGAAUGUGGAACCUAUCAAAAAGCCUUUCAAAUUCCUUAACUUCUGGGUAAAACAUGAUUCUUUCUUAGACACAGUUAAGCAACACUGGAAGGCAGAUUUCAUGGCAAAUCCUUUCAUAUUAUUCCAUCAUAAGAUGAAAAAGGUGAAGGCUGCUUUGAUGGCAUGGAGUAAGAACACUUAUGGGAACAUUUUUCAGGAAAUAGAGUCUUUGGAGGAUGUUAUAAAGGUGCAUGAAGAACAAUAUGAAAUCAAUCCUUCUCCUCAGAAUAGGGAGAAGUUACAUAAAGUCCAGGCAAAAUUGAAUAGAUAUUUGUAUCUUGAGGAGGCUUUCUGGAAACAGAAAGUAGGGAUGCAGUGGUUUGAUGAUGGAGAUAAGAACACAAAAUUCUUUCACACCUAUGUUCAGAGCAGAAGAAAGAGGCUUCACUUUAAGAGAAUGCAGGACCAAAAUGGGGUAUGGUUAGAGGAGAAGGAUGGCAUAGCAGCUGAAGCUAUUAGAUUUCAAGGAUCAAUUAUUUUUAAGCUGAAGGGAGAAAGUGCAGGGGGACCUGAUGAUUUCACUGGCUUAUUCUGUCAACAUUGCUGGAGCAUUAUUGAGGAGGAUGUUACAAAUAUGGUUAAAAGCUUCUUUUGUGGUGCAGAACUGCCAAGAUUUAUAACCCAUACAAAUCUGGUAAUGUUGCCAAAGAAGGAUUUAAUAUACACCUUUUCAGACAUGAGACCAAUCAGCUUGAGUAACUUCAUUAAUAAGGUUUUCUCAAGACUGAUUCAUGAGAGAAUGGCAGAUGGUCUUCAGAAGUUGAUUUCUGCUAAUCAAGAAAGUUUUGUGAAAUGA